UCGCGGCUGCUGAGCCUCCGCCCGCCUCGCCGCCACCAUCGCCCUUCCCGCCCGCGCGGGGACCCCCCCUCGGCUCCCCUCCCUCCUCACAGCCGCCGCCAUGUUGGGCCGGGAGCCGCAGCGGGGCCGCCACUGAGCCCCGGAGCCUGCGAGGAGGAGGCGGAGGAGGAGGCGGAGGAGGAGCCCGGGCCCGGCCGCCCCGCAGAGCCCAGCGCCGGCCGCCCAGCCGCAGCCAUGGCGGAGCAGACCUACUCCUGGGCAUAUUCCCUUGUGGAUUCCAGUCAAGUGUCCACCUUCCUGAUUUCUAUUCUCCUCAUAGUCUACGGCAGUUUCAGGUCUCUGAACAUGGACUUUGAGAAUCAAGACAAAGAGAAAGACAACAGCAGCGCUACUGGGUCUUUUAAUGGCAACAGCACCAAUAACAGUAAGGGUAUUCAAACCAUCGAUUCCACCCAGGCGUUGUUCCUGCCCAUCGGAGCGUCCGUGUCUCUCCUAGUUAUGUUCUUCUUCUUCGACUCAGUUCAAGUUGUCUUUACAAUAUGCACAGCAGUCCUUGCAACAAUAGCUUUUGCUUUCCUUCUGCUCCCGAUGUGCCAGUAUUUAACACGGCCUUGCUCACCUCAAAACAAGAUUUCCUUUGGCUGCUGCGGACGUUUCACUGCUGCUGAGUUGCUCUCGUUUUCUCUGUCUGUGAUGCUUGUCCUUAUCUGGGUCCUAACUGGCCACUGGCUCCUAAUGGAUGCUCUGGCUAUGGGCCUGUGUGUGGCGAUGAUAGCCUUUGUUCGGCUGCCGAGCCUGAAGGUUUCCUGCUUGCUGCUCUCUGGGUUGCUAAUUUAUGAUGUCUUUUGGGUGUUUUUUUCUGCCUACAUCUUUAACAGCAAUGUUAUGGUGAAAGUGGCCACACAACCAGCUGAUAACCCCCUGGACGUGUUAUCCCGGAAACUUCACCUGGGACCAAAUGUAGGCAGAGACGUUCCCCGUCUGUCACUGCCUGGCAAACUUGUAUUCCCAAGUUCCACAGGCAGCCACUUCUCCAUGCUGGGGAUUGGAGAUAUUGUGAUGCCAGGGCUCCUGCUCUGCUUCGUCCUGCGUUACGAUAACUACAAAAAACAAGCCAACAGUGAUUCCUGCGGCGCCCCAGGACCAGGGAACAUCUCUGGCCGUAUGCAGAAGGUCUCUUACUUCCACUGCACACUUAUUGGCUAUUUUGUAGGUUUAUUAACUGCAACAGUAGCUUCUCGUAUUCACCGGGCAGCCCAGCCUGCCCUGCUCUAUUUGGUACCAUUCACUUUAUUGCCACUCCUCACCAUGGCCUAUUUAAAGGGCGAUCUACGUCGCAUGUGGUCUGAGCCUUUCCACUCCAAGUCCAGCAGCUCCCGCUUCCUGGAAGUAUGAUGGAACAGACAGGAAGUGACCUGAACUUCUGCCUUGGUCCUUUUCACUUAACUUGUGGCUUUGUUGUCUCCUAAAGCUGGACUGGCUGGUACUUGGGAAGGUACCAGCGAUGGGACAUGUAUGAAAGGACUUUGUAUUAAAGGAGGGAAAGAAACAAAAGCUAAAAUCCCAGAGCUCCGCGUGACUCCGUAUCUCCCUGCAGAUGUGGAAUUGGGGACCCUUUGUGCAACUGCAGCCACUUUCCUCUUUCCUCACUCAGAUGGAUUAGUACCAAACUGUUACCUUUGUGAGAGAGGAAGAGACAGACUUGAAACUAAAAACGGCUUGAAGUCGUUCAAAAACUUGUGAACACUAAACACAAAAACAGUUAAGCAAACUGAGGCUUCUUCAGAGAAUCCCUCGUGGACAUUGGGACCAGUUUCCUGCGGGACUUCGGUUUUGAAAAGAACUGAGACAGAAGGUCUUCUGUCACAAUAUUGGGUUUUUUUGAUUUACUAAAUAUUUCCUGUGGUGUGAGGUUACUUAUUAAAUCCACAGACAUUGAGUGACUUCUUGCAGUAUACAUAUAAAAAUUUGUUGUAACAAGUUACAUUUCCACCCAGAUGUCAUAUUGCAGUGAAAAAGGGCACGAUUUUUAUACAUAUAUAUAUACACACAUAUAGAUAUAUAUAUGAAUAAAUAAAAAGGAAAACCUGCUAAGAUCAUGCUGUGUAGCAGACAGGGGCUUGCUGUAAUUUUUAGCAUGUAGCGCAGUUACUCUGGCUUUAUGUAUAUGGAUCUACAAUGAGCUGCUGUUUUUUCCCCCCUUCCAACAACUGAACCUGCAGUUUAAAACCAAGUGUAGUAUUUGUACUGGUUGUACCAUGGACUUUAGGGGAUAUUUGAUUUGAUCAAUGUAGCAAACUAGGGAAGAAAAAAGUUCAAACCCAGCCCUGUGUGUCUGAGGGGGGAGGAGGUGGGGGGUGUCUUUUUUCUUUUUUUUUUCUCCUUUUUCUGAUUUUUUUUUUAACAAACAGCUCCCUUGCAGGUUUUUAGUAGUUCCUUCUUGACCAGUGCAUGUAUUAUAGCAGCAAUUGUCUUUGUGCUUUCUGAUCAUAGUAAUGUAUCACUUGUAAAUACAUUUUUUCUAUUUUCUA